AUGUCAACGAUCAGGGAAGAACUCCCGGGGGCGAAUAUAGAAUGUGAAGACAAUAACGGGAAUACUCCAAUCAUCAUCGCCUCGAUUAAAGGAUACCAAGAGGUGGUGGAUCUAUUGAUUAAAGCGGGGGCGAAUAUAGAAUCGGGGGCGAAUAUAGAAUGUAAAGACAAUGGCGAAAAUACUCCAAUCAUCAUCGCCUCGAGUGAAGGAUACCAAGAGGUGGUGGAUCUGUUGAUUAAAGCGGGGGCGAAUAUAGAAUGUAAAGACAAUGGCGGGAAUACUCCAAUCAUCAUCGCCUCGACUAAUGGACACCAAGAGGUGGUGGAUCUGUUGAUUAAAGCGGGGGCGAAUAUAGAAUGUAAAGACAAUGGCGGGAAUACUCCAAUCAUCAUCGCCUCGAUUAAUGGACACCAAGAGGUGGUGGAUCUGUUGAUUAAAGCGGGGGCGAAUAUAGAAUGUAAAGACAAUGGCGAAAAUACUCCAAUCAUCUGCGCCUCGAUUAAUGGACACCAAGAGGUGGUGGAUCUGUUGAUUAAAGCGGGGGCGAAUAUAGAAUGUAAAGACAAUGGCGAAAAUACUCCAAUCAUCAUCGCCUCGACUAAAGGACACCAAGAGGUGGUGGAUCUGUUGAUUAAAGCGGGGGCGAAUAUAGAAUGUAAAGACAAUGGCGAAAAUACUCCAAUCAUCUGCGCCUCGAUUAAUGGACACCAAGAGGUGGUGGAUCUGUUGAUUAAAGCGGGGGCGAAUAUAGAAUGUGAAGACAAUAACGGGAAUACUCCAAUCAUCAUCGCCUCGACUAAAGGACACCAAGAGGUGGUGGAUCUGUUGAUUAAAGCGGGGGCGAAUAUAGAAUGUAAAGACAAUGGCGAAAAUACUCCAAUCAUCUGCGCCUCGAUUAAUGGACACCAAGAGGUGGUGGAUCUGUUGAUUAAAGCGGGGGCGAAUAUAGAAUGUGAAGACAAUGGCGAAAAUACUCCAAUCAUCAUCGCCUCGACUAAUGGACACCAAGAGGUGGUGGAUCUGUUGAUUAAAGCGGGGGCGAAUAUAGAAUGUAAAGACAAUGGCGAAAAUACUCCAAUCAUCAUCGCCUCGACUAAAGGACACCAAGAGGUGGUGGAUCUGUUGAUUAAAGCGGGGGCGAAUAUAGAAUGUAAAGACAAUGGCGAAAAUACUCCAAUCAUCUGCGCCUCGACUAAUGGACACCAAGAGGUGGUGGAUCUAUUGAUUAAAGCGGGGGCGAAUAUAGAAUGUGAAGACAAUGACGGGGGUACUCCAAUCAUCAUCGCCUCGACUGAAGGACAUAAGGAUGUGGUGGAUCUUUUAAUUAAAGGGGAUGCUAUCAUUGAACACAGUAACCAUCAAAACGACACUCCAAUAGUUUGUGCAGCUAAAUGGGGUAAUGUUGAAAUUGUAGACCUUUUGUUGGAAAAAGGUGCUUGUUCCAAAAGUUCUAGUUAUGGAUCGAUAUUAAAUAUCGGUGCGAAAUUUGGAAGACGACGGGUCGUUGAAUAUCUUCUGAGACGCGAGAUGUCCUCAGAAAGCCGUGACUUGGAAGGAAAUACCCCAUUGCAAAAUGCAAUCGUAAACGGUCAUCUCUCAGUGGUCCAACUCCUAAUAAAUAGUGGAGCAAAUACAUCCACAUUGAACCUUACUUCAGAGAAUAUUAUGUAUUCUGCUGCUUCGUAUGGCCAUGCCGAUAUCGUGAAAUACUUGGGAAGCAGAGAUACACGGAAGUUAUUGGAUUUGCACAAUGCCAGUGGGUGGUCUCCUAUUGCCAAGGCAGUUUCAGGUGGUCAUUUUCGGACAGUUAGACAACUUCAUCAGCUUGGAGCUGACAUCAACUGCAGUGUAGAUGGAAAACGACUACUUCAACUAGCAGCUGAGUCCGGUUGCCUAGAUAUCUAUCAAUAUCUCAUCAUCGCUGGGCUUGACUGCAAACGACCCAACAUCCAUGGAUUGAGGGCUUACGAAUGCUUCCCCUUUCAAUCAAAAGUUGAUUAUCAAGCAUGCAAUCGAUUAGGACAUUCCUCCGAACAAGGUCUCUCUUGCGUCAUGUCGGGAUUAAAUGGCCAAGAUGCUACACUCCAGUAUAAACACAAACUAUCAGAACUAUCAUGUGUACCGGGACUAGGCAGAGUGAAUAUUAUCGAGGGUGGUGUUUCAGAAACUGUCAUGAAGUUUGUAAAAGAGGAGGAGGUUUUUAAGGAUUUAGAGUUAUGCGGAAGUUCGGCUGAGGGCACGAAGGUUCAGCUGCCUGACGAAAUGGAUUUCCUUAGAUUAACAUCUUCCGAUCAUCUCUCUCGAAACGAAGUGGUUGACACCUUACAUGGGUAUAAGUAUUUACAAACUGAAACAAUUAAGAAGAGGUUUUUAUCAAGUAAAGCACUCCAUGAGGGUGUAAGCAAAAUCGUAGAAUUCAGAGCAAAAGCCAAAGAGUCUAAAAAAAGUGGAGAAAUCCUUUCGCAGGCAGUUGCUGGAGGAGGCAGUGCCAGUGUUCCUGUGACUAUCAGAUGGCCCGAUGAUAAACCUUCAAAAAUAAAAUUUGGAAAUAUAUCAUCCAGUCUCCUUGUCUCUGUGGACAUAGUACCGAUAUUGCAUGUUGAUGAUUGGCCAGACGAUGCUAUCAAGAAGACCUGGAAGAUGGACGAGGACACCUUGAGGAAGAGUGGGUAUAGGCUGGUCCUGAAACCGCCACACAAGGACAGUGAGUACGGACGGUUGCUACCCGAGGAAGACAGAGAAAGAAUGUUGCGGAUCUCCUUCUCUCAUCUAGAACCUGCUACAAUCAAACCUUUGGCUCCAAGAAUCAAAGACGCCUACAUCACAGCAAAGUGUCUGAGGUCGCCUAUGGCAUGUGGCGUUGUGAUUAGAGACACGGACGGCGUCAUACAUUUCGUCAGUCACUUCCUUACGAGCUACCUCCUGAAGACAGUCUUCCUCCAUAACAUAGACGACUUCCUUGAGACAAACAGGAGCCUGCCAGAGAUGGUCUACAUCAUCUACAGCCAACUUGAGGAGUACCUUGGCAAGGGCAACCUACCGUUCUACUGGCAGCCGAGCGUCAAUCUGCUGGAAGGCUUGAAACUCAACAUAGCCAAGUCUCAUCAAGUCGCCAAGCUGAUGACGGCAACCGUUGGUAGGAUGUCCCGCCUGGAGCGUGGUGGAGAGAACCAUGGUGACGACGCGAGGGAAGAUGGGCCAGGCAUUGAAGCUACUGAUGACGAGCCGGACAUAGGAUGUUACAUCGUCAGAUUAGAAUAGCGAGCAAGUAUUUCCAUAUUCAUCCCGAAGAACACCUGGUAUGCAAGACGGAUGCCCCGGUGUAACCACAUCUAUGGUUAUUUCCAGGCCACACCCAGCCCGGCCAGUUUAAACCAUGACAGUGCAUGUGUACGAGUUGGGCCGACGCGACAGGCGCAGCGGUCGGAAGCGGGUCUCUGGCGGGAUAUCUUGGACUUUGGUUCGACCACGAAAGCCUCAAGUUCGUCAGGACCUUCAAAGCCAAGUGAUAGGGAGUUCGUUCUUGAGAUGACACGGGGAUGAAAAUAGCAGCUAUAUUGACUUCAAGAGAGAGAAUGGUGAGGGGUCGUGUAGUGUACAAAGGAAAAUAAGCAUUGUAAAAUUUUAGAAAACUUCUGAUAUUUUUCAGACCCCCCCCGCGAUCCUCUCACACUUCCCCGAUAUUCAGAUAUGCAAUUGCAGAAUUGCAGAUUUUCCCAGUUUGGGAACACACAUCGGUGAUGAUGUCCAAAAGUUCACCACUUCUGAAAAAAAGACAUUUUUGAUUUUGGUAAGAAUGGAUCCUUCCCCUAAUUUAAGAUGAUUUCUGAAAUUUUACAGUCCAUUUUGUGCACCUACAAUUCCUAGGAAGAACGAGAUUUGGGAGUUUCUCGUUUGUUUUUUGGGGUCGCGGUAGGGUGAGAGGAAGUUGAUACAAAUCAAAUGUUGAUAAUUUCCUGCAGACUUAUCAUGUCAUGUAGUGUUUAAAAUACUGGCAACAACUUUGAUAUUCAAUCGAUUCUGAUAUCUUUAAUUCAGUCAACAUUUGCAUUGACACUUUUCCUUUGACCCGAUCUCGAUCCCAGAUUGCCGAAAAGGCAGCCCCAUUCUGUAAAAUAUUUAGGAGAGCGUGGAUAAGUUCUGGACGCCACGCACGCUUUACAAUUAAUUGUGAUGGAGGACUUUUGAUUCCUGUCCUACCAGUAGGCAGAAGACAUUUUGACAUUUUGACAUUUUAAGAGACAUUUUGACAUUUUACAUGUAAGUGAUAUUUUGACAUACUUUAGACUCACCGUUCUAAGACUGGCCAGUUUAUUAAUUUGAGGCAGGAUAUGGGUAUCCAAUCAAAGAAAAAAUUAUGCUAUUCGUACACAGUUUCGCUGAUGCCGAACUAAUCAUGGUGAUGACUUUUGCAGUUGUUUAGGCAGGCAGCAGUGAUAACAGCGUAUUAUGUGAUCACCCGCCACCCCUUCCAUUUGCCAGAUCAACUGCGAAUUCAACAACCAAAAUUAGUUAUGCAUGAGCGAUAUCGCGUACAAAUGAAAUAAUUUUGUCUUAAUUUUGGUUUAUGACCGCCCCCAGUAUAAUAUGAUUAAGCAGGCCAAGGUCCCUUCAUCCUGAUUGGCUCAAACAUGUCCGUCUUCAGGUUAUGGUUGGUCGAUUGUGUGUGGUUGGCUUUUGGAAUGAACUAAUCACUUGCGACCUAACCACUCUAUACUUCGAUCAGUGGUUUUAAAUGGUCAAUCGAUUUCCCUGUCUUAUAGCCUAUGUCUAUUGGCAACGAAUCUUCAAUGAACGAAAUCGUAUUGAUGUUAAAGUACAAUCCUUAUGGGCCUAUACCAUUCUCAACUCUUAACUAUGGUAUUGAUGAAAAGGCGACACAUAGGUAUUGUUUACCCCGAUAGAACAUUAGGGAGUUUACGAAAAUCCCCCAAAACACCCACGUGAACGUCUUUUUCAUGGUUCGACCUCCUUUAACGAUGUCGAACAAUGGGAUAGGCGUUCACGUUGACGUUUCGGGGCGUUUGCGAAAACUCCCUACUGUUAAAUGGCAUCGAACGACGAAGCGCAUAAUAUCAAUGGCGGCUUGGCUUACAUAUUCAGAAACGGUCUUAUAUCGGUGAAUCUAGAGUAUGUAAUAGGGAGUUUGAUAUUUGGGCCUUAUCACGGAUACUUGUACGUAGACGGAUGGAAAUGUACACAAAAUUAGGCCUGUUUCUUCAGAGUUUUAUCAAUAUACGUAAAGAUCCUGUAUCAGGAGCUGUUCUCAAACUCCCUAACAAAAUAGGAAGUUCAUUAUAUGUGUGGGUUAUACCCUUUAAUAAUGUUCACUACCUGAGUGAACACUGGUGUUAUAUUAUAUGUGUGGGUUAUACCCUUUAAUAAUGUUCACUACCUGAGUGAACACUGGUGUUAUAUUAUAUGUGUGGGUUAUACCCUUUAAUA